AGUUUCCUUGGUAUUUGAAUACAAUGCAGUUUGUAUAGAUAGAUAGACGUUAUAGACUUUGGAUAUCAGCAUAAAGCGAUGCGUGGUUAGGUGUAAUGUUGUCUCCAGUUGGACAUUCAAAGUGGACAUUCAUAUGGACACUUGAAGUGGACCUUUGGCUGUAUACAUAGUUGACACACUUUUGGAAACUUACAGUUGACCAAUAAAUCCUUGAAGUUGAAAAUUUAGGUUGAACAUUUACCAUGGGAUUUACGGCAGCCGAGCUAGGGGCGGCCCAACCUGCCACACAGUGCAUGAACCAGGUCCUCAAGUGGUCUAUCAUCAGCGGACUGGUCGGUGUCUUUGGUGUGACGAGUGUUCUCGUGGGUCUACACCUGUCUGGGAAUCUCGUGUCUGAGAAGGUCAGCAGUGACAGCAAGUCAGCGGUCAGUGGCGUGAAGUGGCCAGAAAAAACUUUGGACUCGGCAGCCAAUUUUGUGGUCCCUGCACUGGUGGCUUCGAGCGACAAGGUCAAGGAUGUGGUUUCAGACGUAGCGGAUACCGUGAAAGACGCGGCAGGGAGCAUCGGUGACGUCAUCGACGACGCUGGUGACGUUGUGGCCGACGUGGGCGACGCCGUGGCUGACGUUGGUGACGUCAUCGGCGACGGUGUGGCCGAUUUGGGUGACGGCGUCAGCGAUGUGCUCGAUGGGAUCACUGACGUCAUCGACGCACCGGAUCUUGGAGACAUCGGGGACGGGAUCCAGGAUGCUGCCGGGGACAUCAAGGACGCCGCCGCCGACCUGCUGGACAAGGCCGGCGAUAUCGCCGGAGACGUCGACCUUGACCCGGAUAUCGGCGACAUUGGCGAAGGCCUCGGGGAGAUCGGCGAAGGCGUCAGCGAAGUCGGCGAGGCUUUGGGUGAACAGAUGGGCGAGCUUGGCGAGGGCGUGGCAGAGUUGGGGGAAGACCUGACCGAGGGCCUGGGAUCCCUGACCGACGGCCUUGGUGACCUUGGCGACGACGGGAACACGGCGGCGCUGAUGUUCGCGUCUGUGCUGGGCAACAAUUUCAACCAGCCGAGGAGGACGAUCAUCAGCAGGGGAGGCAAUCCGUACUCGGCCCUUCCUAUCGCCAGACCGCCCCGGUUACUUCCCCCGGCGGCUCAAGAUGCGGCCGCCACGAAUUUGGGACUUCUCAUGUUCGCCAUGUCUGACGAUAUGGAUGACUGGGGAGACGGCCUUGAACUUGACGGUGACUUAGACUUUGAAUGGUAAAAACAAAAAAAAAGAAUGUUGAAUUAAGUGCCAUAAAAUGUAUUUAUUAAGAAACCAACAAAACCCGCUAAGGCUUCGAGAGUUCCGAAUACAACGUGUUCCAGAGUUUUGUAACAUCUAUCACGUGUAGCGUGUGUUGCAGAUCCUUGACCUUUACCCCCGUGUAUUCAUGUGUAAACUUUCGUGUUGCGUCCUACGCGUAAACUCACAACACACAAUUUUUCUAUCAAUCUGUAAAACUAAACACCAUUGCUUUCACAUUAGACAAACAACCCCAAUAUUUGAUUCUUAUUUUGCAUUAACAAAAUACAUUAAAAAAUCAAAUAUAUAGUUUUUAUGUAAUAGCGAUAUUUACAAUACUAGCUGCAUACCCGUGCUCAGCCACGGUGAAUCUUUAUUAAAUGUACCAACAGCAGUAAAAAAAAAACAUCCGCACAAAGGAACUAGCCAACACACCGGGGAACAUUAUGUAUCGAUGUGUUCCUUAUUCAAAAUAGAAGCCAGAAUUGUGAUCAUGUGACCUGUAUGAAGGUACCGCCCUUUUGUAUUGAAAAACAAAAUCACGUGACCUUUGCUCAUACCCCUGAUUAUUUUUAGUUAAACCAGUUAAGUUUUUGCACGUCUGUUGGGUGUUAUGUAAAGGUCUGUUGAGUAGCAGAAGCAUGUGAUGUUUUAAAACAAGAUACAGUAGUAAAAACAAGACACAGUAAUAAAACAUCCAAACAAUCCCUGAAAACAAUUGUUGUUUGCUAAUUGAG